AUGAUCUCUGGGUACCACAGAGCUGGAAGAUAUCAGGAAAACAUUGUCAUGUGGAAUGCGAUGCUCAAUGGGCUUGUUCGAAAUGAGCAACAAGAAGAGGCCAUCCAGAUGUUCUGGUAUAUGAUGAGGCUUGGUCUUGAGGCUGAUGAGUUCACGUUCGUCAGUGUUCUUGGUGCAUGUGCCCACUUGGAUUCACAUUGUCUAGGAAGACAAGUGCAGUGUGUGACAAUCAAGAACUACAUGGCUGCAAGCUUGCUUGUUGCUAAUGCAACAUUAGACAUGCACUCCAAAUUUGGAGCUAUAGAUGAUGCGAAAACACUAUUUAAUCUGAUUCCUUACAAGGACAGUGUAUCCUGGAACACGCUUACAGCUGGACUUGUACAUAAUGGAGAAGAAGAAGAAGUAAUUUGUAUGCUCAGAUUGAUGAAUGCAGAUGGUAUAGCACCAGAUGAGGUGUCUUUUGCUACUGUGGUUAAUGCAUGUUCCAGUAUACGAGCUACUGAGACUGGAAAGCAAAUCCACUGCCUAGCAAUUAAGUAUAGUAUCUGCUCGAAUCAUGCUGUUGGUAGCUCUCUUAUUGAUUUAUAUUCAAAGCAUGGAGAUCUGGAAUCGUGUAGGAAGGUUUUGGCACAGGUAGAUGCAAGUAGUAUAGUCCCAGUAAAUGCUCUGAUUGCAGGUCUUGUGCAGCACAAUAGAAAUGAUGAAGCUCUACAGUUGUUUCAGCAGGUUCUUAGAGAUGGUUUUAAGCCCUCCAGCUUUACAUUUUCAAGCAUUCUGUCAGGUUGUACUGGACUUCUCAGUUUAAUUGUUGGCAAACAAGCUCAUUGUUACGCAUUGAAGUCUGGUCUUCUGAAUGAUGAUUCUUCCCUUGGUGUUUCACUGAUCCGGAUAUAUUUGAAGUCCAAAAUGCCCGAGGAUGCCGACAAACUGUUGACAGAGAUGCCAGAUCACAAAAACCUGCUUGAGUGGACAGCUAUCAUUUCAGGGUAUGCUCAAAAUGGCUACAGUUCUCAAUCAUUGCUAUCAUUUUGGAGAAUGCGCAGUUAUGAUGUUCACUCGGAUGAGGCGACGUUCGCUAGUAUUCUCAAAGCUUGUUCUGAGAUGACAGCUCUCAACGAUGGGAAAGAGAUACAUGGACUCAUCAUUAAAUCUGGAUUUAAUUCUUAUGAAACUUCAACUAGUGCCCUCAUAGACAUGUACUCCAAGUGUGGGGAUAUCACUUCAUCCUUUGAAGCCUUCAAACAGUUGGAAAACAAGCAAGGCAUCAUGUUAUGGAACUCCAUGAUUGUUGGAUUUGCAAAGAAUGGUUAUGCUGAUGAGGUACUUCUGCUUUUUCAGAAAAUGCAGAAGUCACAGAUAAAGCCUGAUGAAGUUACAUUCCUUGGUGUCCUAAUCGCUUGUGCUCAUGCUGGAUUAAUUUCUGUGGGUCGGCAUUACUUCGAUUAUAUGAACAAAGUUUGUGGAUUAGUGCCCAGAGUAGAUCAUUAUGCGUGCUUUAUUGAUCUCCUCGGGCGAGGUGGUCUUCUUGAAGAGGCUGAAGAAGUUAUUAACCAGUUGCCCUUCAGACCUGAUGGUGUGAUCUGGGCGACAUACCUUGCAGCAUGCAGAAUGCACAAGGAUGAAGAAAGGGGGAAAGUUGCAGCAAAAAAACUUGCUGAGUUGGAACCAGAAAACUCGUCUACAUAUGUGUUGCUUUCAAGCUUACAUGCUGCAGCUGGUAACUUUGGUGAAGCUAAGAUAGCCAGAGAAGCAAUGCGAGAAAAUGGAGUAACAAAAUUUCCGGGAUGUAGUUCGGUCACAGUAGGGAACAAGACAAGCUUAUUUCUUGUACAAGACAAGAAACACCCCGACUCGCUUAGCAUCUAUGAAAAGCUUGAUAAUCUUACUGGAAUGUUGAAGAAUGAUGAUGAUAUUGAGGAUUAUGAUAUGCUUACUUCAGCUGAAAUGUUUGGAUGA